AACAUAGGGUUCCUCCUCCCUCCCCCAUCACCAUCACCAUCACCAUCACCAUCACCAAUCCAACACAAUCCAGAUUACGAAAGAUGGAAAAGUAUGAGAAACUGGAGAAGGUCGGGGAAGGCACCUACGGCAAAGUCUAUAAAGCCAAAGACAAACUAACAGGUCAGCUCGUUGCUCUCAAAAAAACUCGGCUUCAAAUGGAUGAGGAAGGCGUUCCCCCUACCGCUCUCCGCGAAGUUUCUCUUCUUCAGAUGCUCUCUCAAUCUCUCUACGUCGUCCGCCUCCUCUCAGUCGAACACAUUGACGCCAACAACUCCUACGACGACUCCAAAUCCAAUCUCUACUUGGUUUUCGAGUUUCUCGAUACGGAUCUCAAGAAAUUCAUCGAUUCUCACCGCAAAGGUCCCAACCCUAGACCUCUCUCCCCUUCCCUCAUCCAGAGCUUCCUCUUCCAGCUCUGCAAGGGAGUUGCUCACUGUCACAGCCACGGUGUGCUUCACCGCGAUCUCAAGCCUCAGAACCUUCUUCUUGAUCAGGAGAGAGGGAUUCUUAAGAUUGCUGAUUUGGGAUUGGGUCGUGCCUUUACUGUGCCUCUUAAGAGUUAUACCCAUGAGAUUGUCACUCUUUGGUAUAGGGCUCCUGAGGUGUUGCUUGGUUCCACUCAUUAUUCCAUCGCUAUCGAUAUGUGGUCUGUCGGUUGCAUUUUUGCUGAAAUGUCGAGAAGGCAAGCUCUGUUUCCUGGAGACUCCGAGCUUCAACAGUUGCUUCAUAUUUUCAGGUUGUUAGGAACACCAACUGAAGAGCAGUGGCCAGGAGUUACUUCUCUUAGAGACUGGCAUGUCUAUCCCAAAUGGGAGCCUCAAAACCUUGCACAAGCUGUUCCAUCUCUUGGACCUCAAGGGGUGGACCUCUUAUCGAAGAUGCUCAAGUACGAUCCAGCUGAAAGAAUCUCGGCCAAAGCAGCUAUGGAUCAUCCCUAUUUCGACAGCCUUGACAAGUCGCAGUUCUGAAGCUACAAGAAUUUGUACAUGAGAAGAAGCAGCAGAGUACUAGAUAGAAUAUUGUUUGUAGUGGAUGGUAGACGUCUUUCCUUUGCUGGGCAUCCAACGUUUUUCUCCCUUCACUUGCGAACUAUUCAGGAUGCCCUUCUCUCCCCCUCCAUGGCUUGAGAAUCUGAAAUGAGCAGAGCAAACUAGCAUCAACACACAUAAGGGCACCUGCAUUGUUGAACUCUCCACAGUAGUUCGGUGCUGAGAAUAUGGUGACCAGCUGUCUGUCUGCGAAGAAUUCAUAGCCAUCCUCGACUACCUGUCAAUCAUUUCCCAUCGAAGAACACCUUGGGUUAUUUAUCACAUUAUUAUUCCUGGUACAAGUAUUAGGGCAGGAAUUGGAAGGUAAUGGACUUGAUCUGAAGAAAGGGGGAGAGCAAUCAAGGAAUACCUGGUGAGCUCGGCAUACGAGAUCGAGAUCAUGUUUCUUUAAGAACUCGGUGACCCUAUCAGCUCCGAAGGUAUAGGAGACACCCCUAUCAUUAUCACCCCAACCCUUGGUGUCUCUAUCAGGAUCAGACCAAAGGAGGUCACACAAGAGGCCCUGGUCUGGCACGUCUGCUGGCCUCUCUAUAGCUCUGAUCUGAUCCAAGCUAUCCAUUUCCGGUGAGAGUCCACCAUGCAUGCAUAGGAUUUUGUCAUCGACCACUGCAGCCACCGGUAAACAAUUGAAGCAGUCCGUGAAAGUUUUCCAUAGACGGACACUGAAACGACGCUUGCACUCAUCAUAGAAUCCAUAUAUUCUGUUGAUAGAAGCACAUUCAUGGUUCCCUCGAAGAAGGAAAAAAUUGUCAGGGAACUUGAUCUUGUAAGCAAGGAGAAGGCAUAUUGUCUCUAUACUUUGUUUUCCUCUAUCUACGUAGUCUCCAAGGAAUAGAUAAUUGGAAUCUGGUGGAAACCCGCCAUACUCAAACAAUCGCAAGAGAUCUGGAUAUUGGCCGUGUAUAUCACCUGCAAACAACCAGAAUACUAACAGCAAUAUGUAUCAAGUGUUAAACAGGAUCGGCAUGUAAUUCUUCUGCAGAGAUAUGCGAGUCCAAAAGGGUGUCAUUUUUGCGGGGGCCAAUUCGCAAAAUGUUGCCUUAUUAA